CCAAAUGUGGCUCUCCAGUCCUCUCUAUCUGGGCCAUGGGACUUCUCCCAGCCGUGCCCCCUCCUAAGCCACACUGUUCACAAGCCCUGCUUUGCCGCCACCUUUGAAUGUUCUUAACUGGCUAGAAUGUGCCCUUAAAUUCUGAUAAUGCCUUUUGCAUGCUUGGAUGGAAAAUGGAGAGGAAUGUGUGAGUGUGAAGAAGCUAGCCCACUGGACAAAGGUACAAUUCACACUUUAUUGCUUUAACCACUUUGUCUUUGGUCUGUCCACCACUGGCAUGUGAUCCCCUCUUCCAGUUGCCCAAGUGGGAACAUGAAAAAUGUUCCCCACGUCUCCUCCUAGUGCUGAACCAUGUUAGUUUUCUGCUAUAUGAUACACUUCAAAGGUAACAGGGUUACGAUGGAGGUAGUGUCCCUGUUUCUGGUCUACCCUCUAAUCCAGGGUUCCCAAACUAAGGCCCGGGGGCCGGAUGCGGCCCAAUUGCCUUCUAAAUCCGGCCCGCGGAUGGUCCGGGAAUCAGCAUGUUUUUACAUGAGUAGAAUGUGUCCUUUUAUUUAAAAUGCAUCUCUGGGUUAUUUGUGGGGCAUAGGAAUUGGUUCAUUAUUAUUUUUCCAAUAUAUAGUCCGGCCCCCCACAAGGUCUGAGGGACAGUGGGCCAGCCCCCUGCUGAAAAAGCUUGCUGACCCCUGCGGAGUCUAAUCUGAGCCUAGGGAUACGUAUGAGACCACAAGUAGGCCACAGCGUGUAUUUUCGUGGACUUAAUUCUCUGUACCAAUUAUACUGUAUAUUUUAGAACCCUCAUGAAAAUGAGCAGGUCAUAUUGAAAGGCUGAAGACAGAAUGGUGAAUAAUCAUUUACAGUUUUGAUCAUAUAAGUAUUAUAUAGCUGUGGUGUUAUGGCUCAUAAAAAGUCAGCUGAUAGGUCACUGAUACAGUACGGCAGUGGAAGCACACGGAAAUAGCCAGGAUUAAAAUAAACGACUCCUUUUAAUACUGGACAGUUAGAGUAUGGCUGAAGAGGGACAGUGGUCAGUACUGGCCCAGCAUUUACCACACAAUGUCAUCUCCGUGUUCCACCAUGGCUUAUCAUCAUGACAGCAGGCGGAUAUUUGUGGGUCAAGAUAACGGAGCCAUUAUGGAGUUUCAUAUCUCGGAAGACUUCAAUAAGAUGAACUUUGUGAAGACUUACCCAGCUCAUCAGAACAGAGUAUCUGCAGUCAUUUUCUGCUUGGAAGCAGAGUGGGUUAUCAGCACCGGCCACGAUAAAUGUGUCAGCUGGAUGUGUACCAGAAGUGGAAACAUGCUGGGAAGACAUUAUUUCACCUCCUGGGCGUCUUGCCUACAAUACGACUUUGAAACCCAGCAUGCCUUUGUCGGAGACUAUUCUGGGCAGAUCACGCUCCUGAAACUUGAACAGAGCACGUGCUCGGUUAUCACAACUCUCAAGGGUCAUGAAGGAAGCAUUGCCUCCCUGUGGUGGGAUCCGAUUCAGCGGCUACUCUUCUCUGGAGCAUCUGAUAACAGCAUAAUCAUGUGGGAUAUUGGAGGAAGGAGAGGUCGGACGCUUCUGCUUCAAGGCCACCAUGACAAAGUUCAGGCCCUUUGCUACCUCCAGCUCACACGUCAACUGGUUUCUUGUUCAGCUGAUGGAGGGAUCACAGUCUGGAAUAUGGAUAUUAGCCGAGAAGAGGCCCCUCAGUGGUUGGAAAGCGAUUCCUGUCAGAAAUGCGAGCAGCCUUUCUUCUGGAACAUAAAGCAGAUGUGGGACACAAAGACUCUGGGGUUGAGGCAGCAUCACUGUAGGAAAUGUGGCAAGGCAGUGUGUGGAAAAUGCAGCACAAAACGCUCCAGCUAUCCUGUGAUGGGCUUUGAAUUCCAGGUCCGGGUCUGUGACGCCUGUUUUGAUUCAAUCAAAGACGAAGACCGCACUUCUUUGGCAACUUUUCACGAAGGAAAACAUAACAUUUCCCAUAUGUCCAUGGACAUCUCAAGGGGACUUAUGGUGACAUGCGGAAGUGAUCGUGUAGUGAAGAUAUGGGACAUGACACCAGUAGUGGGCUGUGGCCUUGCGACCGGCUUCGCUUCCCGCUGACCUGGGCCUGCCGAGUUAAUGUACCAGAUGCACCAAAUGGAUAACACUCCCUUCUGUGAUUCUUGCCACCACAACGCCGGCUGCUUGACUCUGUGAACUCUGCUUUUCCCAAGAUGGACAGCCUUUUUGUGUGUCUUGUGUGUGAGAGAGUGGAGCAGAAUUCUUCUGUAAUGCUUACCAGGAACAGUAAGCUCAACUACAAGUUGACAGCCUACGGAAUGAACGCAGAAAAGACUUUAAGUGCAAAAACAACAACAACAACAACAACAACAACAAAUCCUUGCCUAGAGAGACCACUCCUCAUUCGAUUUACUUGUAGUCUUCAAUGUGUGCUUUUUAAUCUGCUGAAAUAAUAUUGUACAGUGGCAAAGGGUUAAAAUGAGUGUAGUGACAACAGAGUGUGCAAAUAGUUGUAACUUAUUCUCCGUCCUUAUAAACCAUCCUUGUAGGCUAGUCUUAUCUUAUGAACAGCCGCUGUUCUUACGAAGGCUGCCUCACAAAGAAUAUAUACUGUACCUUUUGACAGAAAGAAGAAAGCAUCUCUCCACCUAUAAGGGUGAGAAAAUGGGUAAGAUUUUUUGGGUGGAGAAUUUUCUAUGAAUUCUGUUUAUUCUUUCAAAGUUGUUCAGACUGAGAAUUACGUCAAGUUGUCUUGAGAAUUUUUGUAUCUGGCCAAAAAAAAACCACAGCUCGAAUCAUGACCUUUUUUUCUGUAACACUAAAAGCAAGUUGACAUGUCUUGUCGUAUGCCUUACAUGUAAAUAUAUGUUGCAAUAGAUGCCGGGUGAACUCAACAACCUGCACACUUUGAGUGAACUAGUUGUUGUGUUCUUUCUGCUCCCUAGAUGAUGGCGCUUCCUGUAUUCUCUCCUCCCCCCUUAAAAAGUCAUAAUAAUGGAGACGUGUGUGUCACUUUUAUCUUACUUUCUUCAGCCAGUGCUGAUCAUGCUUUUAAAAACAUUUCAGCAAUAACUAAUUUUGUUGUGGGGUGGGGGUGGGGGCACAUAGAUAAGAGCUCCUGCAGUUAAAAAUGGAUGGGGUGAGUAGCAGCGGAAAGUUGUGAGAUUAAAGAUGCCUGUAAACUUUGAGAAUGAAACUGAUUUGUCACGUUGCGCUACAGCAGUAUAAGGAGAAGGGAACGAUCCUUCGUAACCUGAGCAUCAUUUCAAGUCACCUCUCUGUUCGUUUGCUUCAUUGGCACUGUUGAGUUUAAAUUUUUGGAGUAAAUGUAGCUUUGUGAAAUUGGCCUGGUGCGAUCGCUAGCGUUAAUGGGAUAAAAUCAUUGCCUAAAAGCCUUUGUAAGAUCUACGGGCUAAUAUAUCCGAAUUGCUCACACACACCCCAAAAAAAUCAGGUAGCAAUAUCUCUUGUCUCAAUGUAUAGUAUCUCUAGGGGUAUUUUCUGGAAAUGUACUAAAGCGGGGGGGGGGGGAGCUAUUUGGUGUUUGCCGUGAAAAACUUUCAUAAGGCCAGUGUUAAUUGUAUACUGUUUUAUAAGUGUGUAAAUCGCUAAAGAAUCAAGUCUUUUAAGUGUUUUGUGUUAGGGAGAUGCAUAUGAGGAAGGGCAGUAUAAUAUUCUGAGGUGAAAUGAUGUGUUUGCUGACGAUCACACUAGGACUUAGAUCAAUGCUAUGUGCUGCAGUUAUGUGCAAGAUUUGAGUUACUUCAUUAGAAUGAAAACUCAGGAAAAAAAGAUGCAGUUGAUCUUUUUAGGGUCAAGGUGCGGGGAGGAAAAACAUGAAGGCCGCAGUUUCGCCUGCAUCCUAACAUAAAGUUUGAAGAGUAGCACAAUCUUUAUAGAGAACAGUUUUCUCUCUUGACUUGAUGCAUUCUUAAAGCCUGGGAAGAAGUUGGCCCCAUUGAACCAGUAAACCUGUACUACUCAUUGCCUUAUUGGACUGCAUGAAAAGUGGAACUGCACUUGUAUGGAUUAAACCAGAGUCAUUUCACCUCAGUGCCCAGAGGAAAAGUUUACUUUAUCUGGAAAUGCACAUCUUGUGUUUUGAAAACUACCCGACUUGAAAGCAUUUGUUAUAUCUCUCCCCCGCCUCCCCCUCUUAAAAGGACAGUUGCCUUGGAACAUAUGUUCCCUUUUCCCAUCUUGGAAACCUGGGAUAACUGGCAGCCCAUUGUUUCACCAUUGAUAGUUGACCCUACAGAGUAAAUUCUCUGACUUGAUUGGCUACUUUUUCAGGUAUUAGCUGCAUAGACCACAGAAUAAGAAUUUCCACCUCUUGGCAACUGCACUUAGACUCUUCUGUGAGUAUUUUGCCAAAGGAUGCUGAAUUUGCUCCGUGACUGAAUAAUUUUUAUUUUAUUCUAUAUUUUGGUAAUAUGGAGAAUUUGACAUUAAGGUGUUGUCUAGAUCCGUGGAGAUAUUUUGUUUGGAAAACACAAGUUUGUUUGCAUAAUUCCAAACAUGGGAGUUCUCCAAAGUCGUCAAACCCUUCCCUGAUUGUGUGUUUGUAUAGAAAAACAGUUUUGGGGUGAGCAGUAGGACAAACAUAAUGCUGUGCAAUGUAACAAUAACGGUCCCAGUAAUUUUAAAUGUGCAAUUACUUUGACUUGAUUUGACACACUUACCUAGUCCGUCCAUCCACACACACCCCUUAAAGCCUUUCUUUCUGUGGGAGCAACAAGUACUAAUGUAUCUUUUGUCGGAUAGCUGUGUUCUGUGAAAUACUGUAUCCUUUGUUAUCUGAGACUCUGUUAAUGGCUGUUCUUCGUUCUCCCUCCUGUCUUUUGGAAGAAAAAAAAACUUUGAAUAUUGUACAAUUAAAAAAAAAGAAUAUUUCCUGAUAGUAUUCCCCUUCGCCUCUCUGUUCUGAUGACCUAUCUUUUGUUUGUGGGGAGAAAUAACUUGCUAUGUGUGUGCUUUCCACAAAAGAUGAGCAGAGAGAAAUUGCUUGCUAAGAACGGUCCAGUGGAAGGAACGGUCCAGGAAUGAAAUCGUCUGGGGGGCGAGGAGAAAAUUGAGAAAGUUGAACAUCUGAAACUUGGUGAACUAUGCUCGCACAGUCUAGGAAUAGAGAGGAAGAGAAGGGUACCUAUUUGAAUUGUCGUAAUAAGUGAUGAAAUCUGGGAUGAACCUGCUGUAAAAGAGCCUAGGAAAUAAUUCAAUGCUGCAAGCCUAAACAAUGGCUGUUGUUGUUUAGUCGUUUAGUCGUGUCCGACUCUUCGUGACCCCAUGGACCAUAGCACGCCAGGCACUCCUGUCUUCCACUGCCUCCCGCAGUUUGGUCAAAGUCAUGUUCGUAGCUUCGAGAACACUGUCCAACCAUCUCGUCCUCUGUCGUCCCCUUCUCCUUGUGCCUCAAUCUUUCCCAACAUCAGGGUCUUUUCCAGGGAGUCUUCUCUUCUCAUGAGGUGGUCAAAGUAUUGGAGCCUCAGCUACACCAUCUGUCCUUCCAGUGAGCACUCAGGGCUGAUUUCCUGAAGAAUGGAUAGGUUUGAUCUUCUAGCAGUCCAUGGGACUCUCAAGAGUCUCCUCCAGCACCAUAAUUCAAAAGCAUCAAUAAACAACGGCAGAGCAAUCCAAAACCACUUGGUGUUGGUCCGAGAGGGGUGCUUCUCAGCUGGCCUAUGUCUCUGGCUGCUGUUGGUGUCAUUGGUGCGUAGCUCCCCCUUCCACCCGCCCAAUGAGAUCCCCAACGACAAUCAGCGGAAAGGCACACAUCAUGCAAUGGCAUCAGAUCAGUCACUGUCUCCCACCCAAGCCAAUGCAACCAGCAGGGCUGCAGGGGUGUGUUCGCCCCAUCACUCUCUAAAGCCCGACAAGGCUUGAGGGGCAUUUGCGAUUCCUUUGGGAGUAGUGCCAUAAAACAAUAGGACCCCUGCAGAUAUUUUAUUUGAAAAUAUAUUUAAUUUAAAAGAUCUAGGAUCUUUUAAAUGUAAGAACAAAUAUACAAGGCCAACCCAUCCAAGAAAAGGGUGAAGUGUAGAAAAGUUCCAGAAGCUUUAGCUGCUCAGGUAGAAGUAAUGCCCAAUUUACCUGUCUGUUUUCCCCUGGAAGAGAUUUAUUUCUUCUUCCCAUUGGCUGGCAGUCCUGGAAAGGUGAGAGAAAUGAUGAAGCUAGUCUUAAAUUUGCCUGUGGUUAAUUGCAGAGGCCAGACUUUCCUGUUUCUUAGAAUGCUGCAUUACUUCAUGUUUCCAGUUUCAUUGUUCCCUCUGUCUGUUGCACUUGAAUCAAUGCUUUAUGUCCCUGCUACAGAAUUUGUUCGUGUACUGUCAGAAAUGCACAGUAUUAUUUCCCAGCAAACUCUUGCCUGAAGGACUUUCUCAAAUCAAGGCUUCAUAUUGAAAGCAGGGACUUCUGAAGUGUGUUUGAAGCAUGGCAGUGCUGUGCUAGAUUGAUGGGAACAUGAGAUGUGCGCAUAUUGUGUUUUUGUGUUUCUCUAAUAGUCCCGCUUUUUUUUAGCUAUCCACAAAUUAAGUCCUUUUUUGGAAUUGUGGUUUUCCAAGGUCUGUGGGCAAAAUCAAACAGCCACGUUCAUUACACAAAAGCAGUACCAUCAAGUAACAAUUUGCAUGUUAUGUUCCUUUUAGCAUCGCUUGAUGUCUACAUUGGUGAUUGUGGCUUGUGUCCCUUCAAACAAACCAUGACCUGAAACCACUUACACGCUUGUGUCCCUUCAAACAAACCAUGAUCUGAAACCGAGUUUUCUUCUUGCCAGUUGUUGCUUUGUUUAAAUGUGU